UGGUAGGACAUCUGUAUGUGUGAUUUUAGUUGGGUUUUUUGAUAUCAGGUGUCCAGGACCACAUACACUGUAAAUGUUCUCAAUAUGCGGAUGAUACUACCCUGUAUCGACAUGGAAAGGUUGGUGAUCUAGGGAAGGAUGACGUAGGAUGUUAUAGAUAUGAACGAAAAUAUUGAGAUCCUUGGCCGUUACUCAAUUGAUUCAAACCCGGCAGUUAACAAGGACAAAACCAAGUGGAUGCUGGUCAGUACCCCACAACUGGAUCGAGUACAUUCACUUGAUGAGAAACAACUGUUUUUGAGCUAUAAUGGUUCCAACUUAGAACGGAUCAGGGUCAAGAAAUUACUGGGUGUCUACAUGGAUAAUCAUCUGUUAUGGAAUGAACAUGUUGUCAUGACUUUAUCAUCCUGUUAUAGUACUUUGGCAGUAUUAAGAAAAUUUCGCCACACUGCUCCAUUACAGAUAAGAAAACAACUAAUCGAGUGCUUAAACUUCUCUAAAUUAGACUACUGUAGUUUGGUCUUAAAUUAUUUACCUGUCUAUCAGGUAAAACGCUUACAACGUUUGCAGAAUGCAUGUGCAGCUUUUGUACUGGGUAAAUACGCUAAUAUGAACGAAGUCCUUAAAUUCAGGUGGUUGCCUGUGCAUGAAAGAAGAGAGCUAAAUCUUCUCAAGCUUGUUCAUAAAUCAUUGUAUGUGACUGUACCUGAGAAGCUUACGCCUGUAUUCUAAAAGCUCACUCACACUCAAUGAGUGGUGGUUCAAUCUGAGCUUCUCUUGAGUGUCAAUGCUGUAUUUAAUAGCUGGAGGGUGAGUAGUCACAUAGUAAGGUACGAAACUAGCCCUUCAGCUAUUCAAAAACAGCAAUGACACUCGAGAGAAGCUCAGAUUCAACUGUGAGUGAGCUAGCUUUUAGAAUACGGGCGUUAAACUACAACUCCAUGUUGUUUAUAAUAACUACAAUUUAAGAUCUGCUGCGGCUCCUUUAAUAUAUAUUCCUACUAAGGAACAAGGCACAUUUCAGGACAUGGCUGCUAGAACUUUUGAUCGGCUGCCUGCUGACAUUAGAAAAAUUGAACAUCAUUCAACCUUUGUCAACGCAAUCAAGGCCGACCUCUUCUCAAAAGCCAAAGUUCGCCUUGAAUAAUGUAGUUUUUGUAUAGUGCAAAUAUUUUCAUAUAUAUUGUAGUCUCUAUUUUAAUAUUUAUUAUAUUGUAAUCGUAGUUAGUUUUAUUUAGCAGGUGAAGAGCCACACCGUGG